UAGAUGAUAGAUUUGCAGGUCUCCCAGUUUUUAACCUCAGUACUGCGUCACCACGGCAACUCCGAGAGCAGGAGAAAGGUGCAGCAUUAAGAUCCGGCUCUGUGACGCAGGUGGGAAGGACCCGCCUCGGCCGCGUCUAAUGACUGGACUGAAGCGGGACAGCAAACAUUUCGGGGCGGAAGGCGAAGCCCAGGCGCCGCCAUGCGAAGCGGACGGAGCGGCUCAAGGGCGUCCGUAGUAGCGGCGCCCUCUUCUGGGUCAGAGGACUCCGAGUGGGAGGAGGAGCGCGUGGCGCGGCUGCGGGAGCGGGCGUGGCGCGAUGGCCCGCGGGGUCCCGGAUCCGGCGGGAAGGGCCGCAGCCGCCGCUCCAGGGAACAGCGCACCAAUUGGCGCGUCCCGGCCGGCCACGAACGGAAGAUCACCGCCAAGAUUCGCGCUAGCUUAGCUAAACGUCGCCUCCAGCAGCGUCCGGGGAGAGGACCUAGAUCUGCCCCGCUGCAACCCAGAAAACGCGCAGAAGCCAACGCUAAGACUCCAGAAAUGGUCACCUGCUGAGCAUCUUUUCUCACAAUCUCUGACUGCAGCUACUCUGUAGCUGAAGACCCUCUCUUCAGUGUAUGCUGCUGUGUUUCAGAGUCUCCGUCCACUUCAGUUCCCUGUUGUGUUACCUAGAAACCAUUUCUUCUCAAUAACACCAAAUCUGGG